UUGCAUAUUUGGUUGUGCGAAUAUACUCUCUAACUUGUAGGCUGCAGCUGUACGGUGCAUCGGUGUGUUUGUUAAAGCUGAGCAAAUGGCAUUUCAAACCACCAAAACACACUGCUAAUAUUUCUAUAAGUUAUCACCUGGGAUGAGAUUUGACGGCCUCACUAUGGAAGACUGGUGUUACAGAUGAAGUCAUUUGAUAAUCGCCAUCCAUGGUCGUCACCAACGGUAUGCUGCCUUUGAGUCCCUCUACUUGCAACUAUACUUGAGGGUUUGAAUCAUGCAAAUAGGUCGUGCAUUUCUUAUGGUUUUGGUUGAUAUUGUGAAACUAGAGCGAAAGGUGAGGAUUUAAUGUUAUUUUAGAUAUCAGGUGUAAUUUGUUCUGCAGCAGAAUUUCAGUGUUAUUGUAUUUCCUGAAACUUAAGAUAUUAAAUGUUGUCACGGGCCAAACGUUAGCAUCUAAAUGUUAAAAAUAGGAGAACAUAGACAAAUAGUCAAUAUUCGGUGAUGAUAUUGCUUUAACUUUAAUACCUAUCUUAUGCCGCCUGCCCCUUUAAGUUAAAUUUAGGCAAUUCUUGCGUCACAAGAGUUGUUAUGCUGCUGUGGGUGGUUGUAUUGUCCUCCUUUUCAUGUCGCUCAUGUGCACUAAUACCCCAAUUACGCUAUUUCCGAAAACACUCGAAUGUAGCACGCAUCACUGUCUUCAACAACUGAUAAACUCCUAAGGUUGAAAGUCUAGCUCUUUGUCAUUAAAACACCAAUUCCCACUAUUCAUUGCGCCCCGUUCGUGUCUCUCUCUACGGCCACGAUAGCCGAAGGCUCGCUGGGAACUAGAGUCUUCUCUCCCCACUCUUUCCCAUUUUCCACAGGUUUCGCGAGAUUUUCGUUGACGGAUUGGUGUAUGUGUGAGAGAGCUUUUCUCCGCCAGACGAACUGAACAAUACUGAUAUGAAAUCUGCGUAAAGUCAGCCUUUGAAUUGCUGGAGGCAUGUCCAAGAAAAGGGGCAGAAAGCGGAGUAGCGGGGAACUGAGUGACACAGUGAGCCCAGACCCCAACAGCAUUCUGGGAGUCCGUAUUCAACAUAACUGGCGUGAGAAGGGGAACCAGAGCAAAUGGAAGGGAACAGUAUUGGACAGGCUUAGUGUAAAUCCUUCUCUCUUCAUGGUGAAGUAUGAUGGCUUUGACUGCGUCUAUGGCAUCGAGCUGUUCAAGGAUGAAAGAGUGUCCAACCUGCAAGUCCUCUCAGAAAAAGUUGUAAACAACAAAAUCAAGAUACCUCCAGGAGCUGAGGAGCUGGUUGGCAAAGCUGUGGAGCAUCUGUUUGAAAAGGAGGAUGGAGAGAAGAAUGAGUGGAGAGGCAUGGUCCUCUCCAGAGCUCCAAUCAUGACCAACUGGUAUUACAUCACUUAUGAAAAGGACCCAGUUCUUUAUAUGUACCAGCUGUGGGACGACUAUGCUGACGGAGACCUCAGGAUUCUGCCUGAAGCAGAAAACAAGCACCUGUUGCCUGCAGACAGGAAGCCAGGAGAAGAGACGGAGAGUCUGGUGGGGAAACAAGUGGAGUAUGUUACUGACAAGGGUGUGAAGAGAACAGGCCUGGUCAUCUACCAGGUCCCAGCCAAGCCCUCUGUCUACUACAUCAAAUAUGAUGAUGACUUUCAUAUCCAUGUCUAUGACCUGGUCAAAACCACCUAGAGCUAGUGGACACUUUUAUCUCAAUCUCCAGCCUCCCUCCAUCUGCUUCUGUUCCACUCAUUGUUAUGAUCUGUUAUCUGAAGCCAUGGCAGGGUUAAAUAGUUAAUAUGCUUUAUUGUUCAGAAAGUGCAAUCUUUUUUUUUGUAUGCACAGCAGAACUGUAGCACCGCUAUGCUUUGCUAUUUCAAGGAGAGGGAGUCACCUUGUUUUAUUGUUGCUGCUCUACUUUAUACUUUUAUGUUUGAACAGUCCAAGAUUGCACUGCCCAAUAGCUGCAAAGUGCAGUUGAUACUGCAUUUGCAUUGUUGUCCCUGAGAUACUCACUGAUCUGUCCUAAAGUAAUUAUAUUAAUUAAAUUCCUAGUGUGACUAAAAAAGCAGCUUGAAAUAUCCUUUUAAAGUUACAUUUCUUUGGAUUUACUUCAUAGGAAAUAUGCUUGGUAUACACAUUUUCCUCUGCAUUGAUGCCUUCCAUAGAGACAUUUAUUAUAUGUAAUGAGCAGAUAUGUGUACUGCAUUUAUCUAACAAGAAUGUCAAAUCAAUCAGUGUUAGUACUAGAAGGGAUGAAUAAAAGCAGCAUUUGUAAAAUCACCCUAAUGAGGCUCUUAUAUUUUCAAGAGCAAUUCAGAUGAAUUAUGCUCAUGUGGAAAUACUUAUGCACCUUUGCACCAUAUUUAGUAUUGUGGUAUCCAUGUAUGGCUGUACUCAUUUAAACUGGCCACAUCUUCAUGCUAGAUAUCUUUUUUUCAACCUUGAUGGAAGGUUUCUGCACAGGCUCUAGAUCGGAGUUUAACAGGAACAUCAGAUUCUUUGUACUGGUAAUUAAGAUGCUAAAUUCCCAUUUGAAUUUGAUCCCACACAAAUCAUCAAGUGCCUUCUGGCUUUGUCAUUUUGCAAUAUUGUACAUACUUUAUCUCUGACUAUUUACGCUCUUAAUGAAUCUCUGUGUAUGAAGGCUGCUAUUAGGUUUUCAUUCAGAAGUGGCGACACUGACAGCUUGAGGAAAGUUCCCGCAACCAUCAGUUUAUAUUAGUGCUGUGUUUUGCUCUGAAUGCAGAAUGAAAAAGUUCUUUACAUAUAACACACAUCAUCAUUGGUUGUAUAAUUUCACUGUUGAUAUUGUGGGGAGCACUUUAACUUGUAUAAAGUUUACAUGUUUAGGUUAUGGUAUGCUAUGUAUAGUUUCCCCAAAAUGGUUUUUCCUUAAGAGCCAAACAUGGCAGCAUAACGCGCUUUAUAUCACAUGGAUAAAGAAAAAAAGUUUUUAAAAAAAUUGUUGCAAUACAUUCAGAUGACAGUAUUUAUUCUGAGCUUGUGUAAAAUGCCUUGUGACGUUGCCUGUUGUGAUUACUCACAUUAAUAUGAGUAUCUCAUCAAAACACCACCAGCUUUUAGUGAAAGGUUCAUUAAUAUACAUAAAUUAUAGACUGAAUAUUUAACAGGUAUAACCAGCCGACAAACCACUCUGUCAACAGUAACUAACUUUGGUUCUAGUUUGUUGUAACUGUGUCAUAGUCUUGCAAAAAUGACAUGUAUGCUUGCAGUAUGGAUUUAGUCCUAACUUUGCCACCACUUCCUAGCUACUGAAAUGGUCUUGCCCUUCUCAGCCUACUCCAGGUCAUUCAGUGUAUCCCUCAGUAAACUAGUCAAUCAGUAGGUGUACUGUUACUGUUAUUUUUAGCUGUCAAAACUCUGCAUGCAUCAUCUGAACAGAGUGCCUGCAGAUUUUCGAACCUUAUGUUGAAAGUAGAGAGGUGACAAUGUGUGCCAGAGUCAGUGCUGUUUGUUUAAGCCACAUUUCAAUAUAAAACAAUCAAAAAACAGGUUAAACACUGUACAUCACCACUACUGGUGCUGUAGAGUGUUUGCCUUGUGUAGAGAGGAAUCACGAAUGACUGCGCGCUCCUCUUCAUGCUUUCAAUCACCUACUCCUGUUCUGACGUUGUAGCACCAUCAACAGGCAGUUUGUGUCAUUAUUAUUCUGUCAUGAGUAAUAAAGAUUUUUGCACAUUU